AUGGCGGCGCCGCCGUCCCCGUCGUACCCUUGGGACGACACCUGGGGCGACACCUGGAACGACACCUGGAACGACACCUGGAACGACACCUGGAACGACACCUGGGACGACACCUACGGCGACCUCUAUGACGACCUGGCCGCGGCCGAGGUCCCCUUGGGCCACCGCCUGGUGCUGGCGCUCUACGCCGCCAUCUUCCUGCUGGGCGUGCUGGGCAACGGCGCCGUGCUGCGGGUGACGGCGUCCGAGCUGCGCCGCACGGUCAACGGCGUCUGGUUCUCCCACCUGGCCGCGGCCGACCUGCUCAGCUGCCUGGCCCUGCCCUUCCUGGCCUUGCCGCUGACCACCGACCACCACUGGCCGCUGGGCGGCGCCGCCUGCAAGCUGCUGCCCUCGCUGACCGUGCUGGCCAUGUUCUCCAGCGUGCUGCUGCUCGCGGCCAUCAGCGCCAACCGCUGCGCCCUGGUCACCCACCCGGUUUGGUGCCACAACCGCCGACGCCGGGCGUUCCGCCGGGCGGCGGCGCCGGGUCUGGGCGGCGGCGCGCUGCUGACCGUGCCGUCCUUCGUGUUCCGCACCGUGCGCCUCGACCCCUUCUCGGCCAAGGCCACCUGCGUGCUGUCCUACGGCGCCGUGCGGCAGCACCAGCGCGGCACCGAGCUGACCGUCGCCGUCGUCCGGUUCCUCUGCGGCUUCUUGGGGCCGUUCGUGGUCAUCUCCGGGUGCUACGGCCGCCUCUUGAGCCGCGUCCGGCGGCGCGGUUUGGGGAGGUCGGGGAGGGCCACCAGGACGGUGCUGGUGGUCAUCGUCAGCUUCUUCGUGUGUUGGUUGCCCUACCACGUGGUGGGGAUGGUGCUGGCGGCCAGCACGCCGGGCACGGCGGCGUUCCGCGGCGCCCAGGCCGCCGACCCCGCGGUGGCGGGGCUGGCCUACGUCAACGGUUGCGUCAAUCCCAUCAUCUACCUGGUGAUGGGGCGGGGCCUGGGCAAGGUGAGGCGCUCGUGGAGGGCGUUGCUCAAGGGGGUGCUCAGCGAUGAGGUCACCAGUGUGGGCGGGGACGGGCGGGGACGCAGCGCGGUCACCACCGAGGAGGGCAGUGAGGGGACGGCGGUGUGA